ACUUUAUUGACUGGGCAGGCUUCUUUUCUUCUGCUCUUUCUGUGCCGCCCCAUUUUCCUCUCUGUCAACACAAAAAAAUCAAAUCAAACAUACCAAAAAGCACAGACAUGGGGAUAUAGAAUUCUAGGUUUUGGAUUGAUCUUCAUCUGAUCGCGUUGAAUUCCCAUUUGGUUCUCUGAGAUUGGAACUGCAAUUAGUAUUUAUACCCAUAAUCCACUGAGAAAGUUAAAAAAAAUGGGGUUGGUGUUGGAAAUUCUUGUUAAUUUCCGGAAAAUUGUGAUGAUUUCACACAGAGCAUGUUACAGAUCAGUUUGCAAUCAUCCGUUUCUUGCUGGGUUGCUUCUUUUCCUGCUAUUUCUGUACAGAUCGUUUCCUUUUGUGUUUGCCCUUUUGGUUUCGGCGUCCCCGGUUUUAAUCUGCACUGCUGUUCUUCUAGGAACCCUUUUGAGUUUUGGCCAAACCAACAUACCCGAAAUUGAAAGGGAAGAGAAGAUUACCUGUGAUGAUGUUGCUUCUCUUAGGACUAGGAGUUUAGGGGAUAACACUGUUGUGCUUGAGAGAGAUGGGAGCUUUUCCGCAGAAAGGUUCAUGGGAGAGGCCAGGGAUGUUGUUGAUGCAUCCGUGGAGAAAAGUAGCGAUGUUGAGGAUCGUGAUGGUUUGGGUGUUUAUAUGCCACUUAUUAGUGAGGGUUUGCAAAACACUGAUAGUAAGAAGAGAGUGAAUGAGGAUCGCGAUGGUUCGGUUGUUUAUAUGCCACUGAUUGAUGAGGAUUUGCUAAACACUGGUGGUGAGAAGAGAGAGAUUGAGGAUGCGGAGAGAGAAUUAGAAAGUUUGGACUUAGGAGAGCGGAGAAAGAUUGAUAACGAUCACUUGGGGAUUGAAGGCAUUGACUGGGAUGUGGGAACUGUUAAUCAGCAGUACAAUUUUUUUCAAAAGAUUCGAGAUGAGAUUCGUCGAGUGGAAGGUGAUCAUAUAUCUCCUCGAGGGUCAGGCUAUGCUCAUGAGGGUGAUCACUUGUAUUCUUCACUGCUUGGCAGUGGUGGUGGUGAUGGUGAGGCUGUUGAGCAGCAAUAUACUUCUUUUCAAAAGGUGCGAGGUGAGAUUCAUCGAGUCGAAGGUGAAGAUAUAUGUCCCCGAGAGGCAGGCUAUGCUCACGAGGGUGAUCACUUGUAUUCUUCGCUUCUUGGAAAUGUUGGUGAUGAUGGGGCUGGUGAGGAUGUGGAUGACGAUGCUUCAGAGUCUGAGUCAGAUCAAGCAGAGAGUUCCUCACCAGACGCUUCAAUGGCUGACAUCCUUCCGAUGCUUGAUGAGCUGCACCCUCUUUUAUACUCUGAAGCUCCACAGCCAGCUCGUGUGUCCCAUGAUCAUGAGCCCGAUGCUGCUUCAGACCAGUCUAAAAGGAACAAUGCUGGCAGUGUUGAGUCUGAUGUGGAAAGUGAAAACCAAGGCGGAGAAGUAGCAGAGGACGGGAAUGAUUAUAAUGAUGGUGAUGAGGAAGAAGCACCGGGUGGGAAGGAUGAUGAAAGCAAAUCUGCGAUCAAGUGGACAGAGGAUGACCAAAAGAAUCUCAUGGAUUUGGGGAAUCUGGAGCUUGAAAGGAACCGACGGUUGGAGAACCUUAUUGCAAGGAGAAGAGCGAGAAAAAGCUUCAAAAUAACUGCAGAGAAGAAUCUUAUAGAUUUUGAUAUAGUUGAUCUUCCGUUUAAUGUUACACCAAUCUCUACGGCAAGACACAACCCAUUUGAUCUGUAUGAUCCCUUUGACAACUUGGGGUUACCCAUUCCCGGGUCUGCUCCGUCAGUAAUGUUGCCAAGGCGAAACCCCUUUGAUCUUCCGUACGAGUCAAAUGAAGAAAAACCUGAUCUAAAGGGAGACCCUUUCGAGCAAGAGUUUGUGCCAUUUCACGCCAAGGAUGCAAUCUUCCGAAGGCAUGAAAGCUUCAGUUUGGGACCGUCAACCUUAGGGCAGGCCAGGCAAGAGAGGCAAGAUUUUAAAUGGAGACCUGUUUUUGUACCAGAACGGUUGGCUUCUGAAGGACCAAGCAGUUCCUUAUUUCAAAGACAAUUAAGCGAAGUUAGUGAAUCAAAGUUGAGUUCUGUUCCCGAUACCGAGUCAGUGAGUUCUGCAGCAGAUCUGGAUGAAAGGAAGUUCAAUGAGCAAGACUUUACUAAAGAAACAGAAGUGAUAUCCAACAUUUACCAUGCUACUGAUGAUCUUGUUGUUGAGCACGGAAGUCAAUCCUCUGAAGACGUAGAUUCUCUGGAAAUGGAACAGGCCGGAAAAAGAGAUGUUCAACAUGAUGAGCUUGAAGUAAAAUUGCUUGAAUCGCAAGACCUGGAACCGAGCUUGUCUGGUGCAACGGGUACUCAUGUGGAACAUAUUACUAAUGAAGUUCAUGUCAAACCAGAUCCUAUUGAAGAGGACAACAGCAGUACGUCAAGCUUGUCAUCAUUGACAGAAGAGGAUGAAAAUAUUGCAGAUGCAGUGGAAGGUGGAUCAACCCGUUUGGAGGCAAGAGGUGAUAUUGCCAAGGAGUUUGUAAUUUCGCCACAACCUUCACUGAAGGAGUCAGAAGUUCAGUUUAUGAGCAGGACAGUGAAUGAAGAGAAACAUGAUGAGCCAGUCUAUGACUCAACCCCCCUACCAACUGAAAAAAUCCUUUCCUUCAGCUCUAUUUCUUCUGAUAUACAAGCAGAUAUAUCUGAAAUGGUUACACCUCCAGGAUUAGCUGAAGUGCAAGUUCCGUCUGUAGACCGGGAUUCUGAAGUGUAUGGUGAGAGCAGAGACAAAAAUACUCCCGGUUUUAUAGAGAUAAGUGGUGCCACCUCAAAAGUACAUGCAUCAGAUGAAACUGAAAGAAGCUUGGGGACAAGCAACCAAGUCGGUUUAGUGGGUUCUCAUUCAGAGGAGGAUAUCUAUCUCCCUAAGAUUUUUGACGCGAAGAUGGCAGAUUGUAGUCAUCAAUCCGUUCUUUCUGAAGAACAGCCACCAUCAGAGCACGGAAAAGUCCUUUCCUGGUCGGAUAAAUCCAUGGUUGAACCAUAUGUUGAUCAUGUCGAAGCACUUAUUAUUAAAGAAGAAGUAGGUGAAGUAAAGGAGAUUGAUGCAGGGUUGCUGCUGGAGUUGGAUGCAGUUGGGGACUUCAGUGUGAAUGAAGUUAUCGGUGAGCCAUUCCAUACAGAUGAGCUGAUACCAGAGGAAGCAAAUGUUUCAAGCACUGAAUUUGGUGAUUUAAACCCGUCAGAAUUGAACCAGGAGCUACCAGUUCUUGAAGCAAGAUCAAUUAAAGAUAUUAAGCAAAUUCAUAUGGGACUAGCUGGUGAGGAAGUCGUUCUUCCCAGUGUGGUUGACGAUCAGCCAGAGGUGGAAGCGUCCGAAAAUACUGUCCAGACCAGUUCAGAGUUGCCAAUUGUUGAAGCAAGAUGCUUGGAAGAUUCCGAGUUGCCAACUGUUGAAGAGAGAUGCUUGGAAGCAGCCGAAAAUACUGUCCAGACCAGUUCAGAGUUGCCAAUUGUUGAAGCAAGCUACUUGGAAGAUAAUGUCACCGGUUUAAAGCAAGAUUCAAAUGGGAAUGUUAAUGAGCUGCCACAAGUGUCGGAACCAGAGGAUGGAUCAACAGAAUUACCGUUGGAAUUUAAUCAUACUCUCUUGAAGCAAGUCUCGGAACAUAAUAAUGUUGGUGAGCUUUCCAAUGGGUCGGAAGAAGUAGGAACUACUGCCGUGGAUUCUACAGAGGAGAUUGCAUCAAGCAAUACAGUAUCAAGUGUUCAAGAAGAUAUCAAUGCAGAUACUGCUUUGGAGCAAGUCUUAGAAAGUCAUGUUGAUGAGUUGCCAAAAGCGACAUCAAUUUUAAAUGAUGGGUUGGUAGAAGUACAAUCUAAUGCCAUGGGUUUUGCAAAGGAGAUGGCAUCAAGCAAUAUACUAUCAAGCUUUCAACAAGAAAAUAUCAUUACUCCGGAGCAAGUCUCAGACAAUCAUGUUAAUGAUGCAUCGGAAGAAGUAGGAACUGGUGCGGUAAGUUCUACGGAGGAGAUUGCAUCAAGCAAUACAGUACCAAGUAUUCAAGAAGAUAUCAAUGCAGAUACUGCGUUGGAGCAAGUCUCAAAAAGUCAUGUUGAUGAGUUGCCAAAAGCGGCGUCAGUUUCAGAUGAUGGGUUGGAAGAAGUAGGAAUUGGUGCAAUAAGUUCUACGGAGGAGAUUGCAUCAAGCAAUACAGUAUCAAGUGAUCAAGAAGAUACCAAUGCAGAUACUGCUUUGGAGCAAGUCUCAGAAAGUCAUGUUGAUGAGUUGCCAAAGGCGAUGUCAAUUUCAAUUGAUGGGUUGGAAGGAGGAACUGAUGCAAUGGGUACUGCGGAGGAGAUUGCAUCAAGCAAUAUGCUAUCGAGUGUUCAUGAAGAUAUCACUCCUCUGAAGCAAGUAUCAGAAAUUCAUGUUCAUGAUGGGUCGGAAGAAGUAGAAACUGGUGCAAAGGUGGAGGAGAUUGCAUCAAGCAACAUACCAUCGAAUGUUCAAGGAAAUAUCACUGCUCCAAAGAAAAUCUCAGAAAGCCAUGUUAAUGAUGGAGCUGAAGAAAUAGGAACUAAUUCAAUGAUUUCAACGGAGGAGAAUGCAUCAAGUGAUAUACUAUCAAGUGUUCAAGAGAAUAGUACUUUGGAGCAAGUCUCAGAAAGUCAUGUCGACGAGCUUUUAAAACCAACAUCACAUUUGAAGGAGGGAUUGGCAGAAGUAGGAAUUACUGCAAUGUCGUCGACUGUGGAGAAGAUUGCAUCAAGUACUACAGAACAUGGUGUUCAAGAAACUAUAACUAGUCCUAUUGCUUUCGAGCAAGUCUCAGGAAGUAAUGUUGAUGGUGAGCCGCCAAAACCAUCUGAUACACAGGACAGAUUGGCAGAGGUUGAGAAUAUAAAACGCGAAAACUGAAGAAUGUGUUUGGUGGAUUGCGACUUCAAGCUCUUUGUUUUCUCCGGUGUGGUGUGGUUAUAAUCAUAUUUUGGUAAGUGCUAGUUUCGUUCGCUGAUUUUUUAUGGAUUGGUUUCUUCAAGAAUGAGUUUUUGGUUUGAUUUCUUGAAGUGUGAAUUUUUCGUGUUUUAUCCUACAUUUUGUGAGAGUUGGGUGAAAGAUUGGCUUUGAUCAUCAGUAUUGUACAUUAAGUUUUGGAUGUAAAAGUUGAGGUUCUCGUAUUGUUUUAGCUAUGAAUCCGGGUAGUUUAUUCUGUCCCGUUUUCUUUU